AUGUGUCGAACAGCACAGAUGAGGGGCGACCAUCUUGACGGACUAGCGAGCCAGUCACGUUGGGAGCCCAAGGCCUCUACGUUGCCGUUCGUUCCUGAAGCCCAGCCAGUCGAAAAUAUGGAGCAGAGGUCCCUAUCGGGGCUGUCGAGCGGAAGUAGAAGGGUAUACGCGAAACGCCGCGCGGAGCGAUGGGCGUUAGGUCUGGUUCUGUUGGGUAUCGUGGUGUUGUUGUGGGUACUGUCGUCAUUUUUGGUGAAUCUGUUAUUUGAAGAUGCGACGUAUCGGAAGCCCUUUUUGAUCACAUACGUAAACACCGCCGCGCUGAGUCUGUACCUAGUGGCUCCGACGGUGCAGCUGCUUUGGCGGCGGCGGCGGAGCGGCGUAUGGGAGCUCGAUUCGUUCGUGACCGUCAGAGAGGAAGGCAAGGAUGCACAGGAGAGCGCGCUGCUCAGCGACGGCGGCGAGCAGACGCUGUUGCUGUUGGGGGACGACGCCCGGCAGCGGGGCUGCAGCGACCUGAGCGGCAAGCCUGUGCAAAUUUCGCUAUGGGCUACUGCGAAGCUGAGCGCGGUCUUCUGCGUGCUGUGGUUUGUGGCGAACUUUGUGACGAACGCGUCUCUAGGCUUUACUUCGGUUGGCUCUGCGACAAUCCUGUCCUCCACGUCGUCCUUCUUCACGCUCCUUUUGGGGGUCCUGAUGAAAACCGAAUCUGCAAGUGUCCUGAAGGUCCUCGGUUCUGUAGUGUCAUCCCUGGGGAUUGUGCUUGUCACCAAAUCUGACACCGGGGGAGCUGCGCCGACUGUAGGUGCCUCGCUGGAGGCAUCAUCUGCAAUCUCGGUACUCAUUGGGAACAUCCUGGCGCUUGCAGGCGCCCUGUGUUACGGAAUUUAUCUUACACUGCUAAAGUGGCGUGUCCGGGACGAGUCCCGGAUCAAUAUGCAGGUCUUCUUCGGAUUCGUGGGCCUGUUCACGCUCGUAUUCCUCUGGCCAGCGAUUGUCCUUCUGCAUGCAACAGGUUGGGAGGAAUUCAGGCUCCCGCCUAACGGGCGCAUCUUGUUCAUUGUGCUGGUAAACUGCCUCACUACGUUCAUCAGCGACUACUGCUGGGCCAAGGCUGUGCUGCUGACUUCCCCCCUUACCGUGACCAUGGGCCUCAGCGCCACCAUCCCCCUGGCAAUGCUCGGCGAUUUCCUUUUAAAAGAUAGGAGCAUGUCCUUUGCAUACAUUUUAGGCGCAAUUCUGAUAUGUGGGUCGUUCCUCGUCAUCAACAACCAUUCCAACGCAGAAACCACUGCGUCCGAAAGAGACCCUGCUCUCUGCACCCAGGGCGCUUAA